ACGGUUUGUCCCCGCUUGUGCUGCCGAGCAACAUAGGCAGGUCGUCCGCAACUCGUGCCCUUCUUAGUUCGGAAAUCGACCAAUCGUAGCGGUCUGACACACGUGACCUGACCACGUGGGACACCGUUCGCUGCUCUGCAACCACACAAAUGACCCACGCGGCAUUUCCCAUCCCUCUGCGUGCUUACCCUGAACCACGCGGCUCGAUAGCCCUAGGAGUUUGACUUGUGUGAGUUAGGCUGCUGUUAGUUUCCCGCCUUUUCCCCAGGUGAUAGUUAGGUAAUCUGCGUGCGAACCUGCUAGCCACGUGGCUCACGUAUUUCGUUGGUAAUUGAAGACUAGGAUGAUUCAGUGUCAUUAGGAUCAUAUCAUAUCUGGUAUUUCGUGCGUGAAGUAGGUCUGUACGCGAUCCGAUAGUUUGCGUCUCCGUCGCGUGCUGCGGAAGGCCAGUAGCUAAUUUUAUAUUUAGCCUGUAGAUCCUUUUAUUCUAUACUGAGCCGGUUUACAGCGAUAAACAUUUUUUUUUUCGAUGGAGAAGGAUAUGCAUGAAGUGUCGAACCUUAUAACGGAUGGCGAGGGCGGCGCGAAGGUGGUGGCGGGGAGGAAAGCCCCGACAGUCAUCGCACAGACGGAGCGUCGCGACAGAAAAGUCGUCGCAGCCGUCAAGGCGUUGGCGUCGCAGCCGUCGCAGAGGGGUUUCGUCGCGGAAGGGAUGUCGGUGACGUGGACACGGCUACAGUACUCCGUGCCUUCAACCAAUUCCAAGUGGUGCUGCCUGCGCGCGGAGGACGACGCCACCAUCUACCGCAAGAAGGUCAUGAUGAACGUCACAGGGGGCGUGGCGCCGGGCAACCUGCUGGCCGUCAUGGGUCCCGAAGGCUCGGGCAAGUCCCUUCUUCUUCACAUGCUGGCGGGACGGCUGCAGGACGACCCCAACUUCCGGGGCAGCAUCGAGUUCAGCGGAAAGCCGUUCGGGGCGACGCUGAGGCGAGAGAUCGGGUUCGUGGAGAACGACGUGGACCUGCAGGCCAAUCUGACGGUGAAGGAGACGCUCAUGUUCGCGGCCAUGCUGCGGCUGCCAGAGGGCACAGAGGAGAUCGACCAGAUAGUUCGUGUGGAGCACGUGCUGGACUCCCUCGAGCUCACACACUGUGCGGACAAGGUGAUAGGGCGCACGGGGCGCAACGCUGUGCUGUACAACGAGCUUAGGCGGCUGGCCAUCGGCGUGCAGAUGAUCGUCAACCCGCCGCUGCUGCUGCUGGACGAGCCGACAUCAGGUCUCGAUGGAGCUAUGGCCCUCCGCAUUACACGAGCCCUGCACUCAUACGCCUUAGCCGGCCGAUCCGUAGUAGCCACCAUGAAGCAGCCAUCCGCCAAGAUGUUCUCCCUCUUCACGCAUCUGCUGCUCAUCACCGACGGUAACCCCAUCUUCUUUGGCGCAGCGGGCGCUGCUCUACCCUACUUUGACUCCAUCGGCUACACCAUGGGAGCUGAUACAAGCGCUGCCGAAUUCUUUCUGGAUCUGACAGCCCCCGAAGCAGCAGAUGCGUCCAUUCACUUCGGCACGUCCACCAACCUCAUCCGCCUCUGGGCCACCGGGGACGCUGCCAGGGAGAUAGAGCGGGCUGCCAUGCCCUCGACAGCUGCCACAGUGUCCCAGGCGUCUGCUAAAAGCGGGGAGGGGGGUGAGGGUCAGGGGAAUGGGGAUGUGGAGGUGGGGGAGGGAGUGGGGGAGGGUACUAGAGUGAGGGAUGUCGAUGCGAGUAUGGACUGGAGGGGAGUGAGUGGGGGGGGGGGAGGGGGAAUCGGAGGUGGCGGACGAGGAGGAGGAGGGAGUGGGAAGAGGUGGGUAACGUCGUGGGGUUUGCAGUUUCGGGUGCUGGCGCAGCGGCACCUGCUGUCGUACCGGGUGGUGAAUCAGGACUGGAUAUUUGUGGCUGUUGUGGCGGUCAGCCUGCUCGUUUGCACCUUAUUGCCAGGUGAGGCAUGCUGGCAGGUGAGACUGGUAGAGACCCUAUGGCACGUGCGGUCGUACCGGGUGGUGAAUCAGGACUGGAUAUUUGUGGCCGUCGUGGCGGUCAGCCUGCUCGUUUGCACCUUAUUGCCAGGCUGCCUGUGGUGCAAGCACGAUCCAACCACAGCCAUGUGCAUUCGCGGCAUGGCGGGGCUCAUCUUCUUCUCACACUUCUUCUGGGGGAUCAUCCCCAUGCUCACCUCCCUCUCUCAUUCCCACCCUUCCAAGUUCCAUCCGCCCUCCAACCGCUUGCCCCAUGUCAUCCCAGGUUGCCUCUGGUACAAGCGCGAUCCAACCACAGCCGAGGGCAUUCGCGAUAUGGCGGGGCUCAUCUUCUUCUCACAGUUCUUCUGGGGGCUCAUCCCCAUGCUCACCUCCGUCAUCACCUUCCUGGAGGACCGCAAGUCAGUCCAAAAAGAGCAAGAGGACGGAGUGUAUCAUAUCUCCGCGUACUACGCCGCCCGGACGCUGCUCAGCCUGCCGUACGAGAUCCUGCCGCCCGUCUUCUACAGCUGCAUCGUCUAUUGGAUGACCGGGCUCAACCCGUCGGGCGGCCGGUUCGUCUUAUUCACUUUAGUGCUUGUACUCGAUACAAUGGUGGCAUCAUCUAUAGGCAUGGCGGUGGGGACUGCGACGUCUACAGUGAAACAGGCGAUUUCGAUUGCGGCUAUUCUGCAGCUGCUGUCGGUUAUGGUGGUGCAUUUCUUAUCUCUCAAUCCCCCGGCGUGGGUGGGGUGGACGCAGUACCUCUCUUUCUCAACCUAUGUUAACAAGUUGCUAAUGCGGAUCAACUUUGAUUCUGCCGAAUCGUUCACUGGCAACUGUAGCGCUUCCAACACGAGCAGCAGCACCGCAGCCAACACGUGCUCGUGUGCCGCUACUCUUGAGCUAUCGGGCCUGAGGAAUCCGUUACCGGGGAGUGGGUGGCUGGAAGCGUGCAUCCUCGUUGCCAUGCUCAUCUUCUUCCGCUUGCUUGCUCUGCUUAUAGUGAAGCUCCGGUUGCAGUCGUGGCGGUGGCAUCGCAAUGGCCGCACUUGAGGAUAGGAGGAUAUGUAGUUGCAUGUCUAUGGUAUAAAGGCUAUGCAACCAAUCUAUACAAUCCACCGGUGUUCCUCUAAACAGCCAAGGCUUUGGGGCUUAUUAUAAAAUGCAGCUAUUAUUGUGUUUGUGU